ACCAUAGCUUUUACUAACACUUACAGAAUUACAUGUACACAUUUCACAAACUGAUGUUGCCGUUUCCAAAUGUGAAAUCUGGACAUGCUUACAAGCAUCACCAAUAACAAAACGAAAUGAUGCUGCAUCCACUUCACCACUGCUUGUGAGUGACAUUCACGCUUAAACCCCAAAGCAGACAUACUGACAAACUCCCCUACCCAAUACCUGGCCAUCAGGAUGGAGCAACCCACGUCUCCCCUGGGUGGUGGUGAGUCGGAGAUGGAUUUCUCCAUGAGUGUUUGUAGCCCCGAGGCCAUGGCGUACUCACUGUUUGAGGAGCGGGAAUCCCCUCCCCCCUCAACCACAACGGCAGCAGAGGUGCCCAUACCACCACCCCCACCCCUGCCACCGGUACCUGUCAACUUGACUGGUAACAGGACCGCAUCGGUGAUCAUGUCAGCUUUUCCAAUUGUGACGAUUCCACAGACCACGAUGGUGACACCAACCAUCAUUCAGGUCCAACAGAUCCAGCAAGUGCCCCAGCCGAGGCUGACGCUGCAGCCCAUUCAGACACAGACGAUACAGUCAGUGCAGCCAACAGUGCAGCACACCAUCACGCCUCAGCAGUUGCAACAGCUGACAGUCCAACAGCAGCUGCAGCUGCAGCAGCAGUUGCAGCAGCAAGGGUUGCGGAUACAGGGACAGCCACAGCUGGUACUAACUCAGGCCCAGAACCAGCCAAUUCAACAAGUGCAGUUACAGCAGCAGCAACAACAGCAGCAAGUAGGGACACCGCAGCAACUGCUGCAGCGGCAGCUGCUGGACCAGCAGCAGAAGCAGGCGUUCAAGCUGCAACAGCAGCAGCCCGUUGUGCAACAACUGCAGACUGUGCAGCAGCAGUUGCAGCAUAAAAAACAGCAAAUGCUGCAAUUGCAGCAAGCCCAGAUAGCACAACAGGGUCAGCAGAUACAAGUGCAACAGAGUCCAGGCACACAGCCAGGACCACUACAACUCCAGCAGCUCCAACAGCAGCAAUUACAGCAGCAAAUACAGCAGCAACAGCAGCAAAUGCAACAGCAGCUCCUGCAAAAACAGCAACAGGCACAACAGCAGCAGCAGCAACUUCUACAGCAGCAGGCACUACAACAGCAUGAGCAACAACAGGUACAGCAGCAGCAACUUCUUCACCAGCAGCAGCAGGAACAGCGGCCCCAAAAGCCCCUGAUAGAUCCUAUGGAUUUGGAGGCUAAAAGCCCCCAGCAUUCAGUUGAAGAGGUGUCCAUUACCGAAAAUCUGGAAAAGAAGAAAGACGGACAGCAUGCCAUUCUUGCUGAGUCUUGA